AAGUACAUUCAGUUCCAUCGGUUCCAUCCCAAACUGCACCUGGAGUUGAAGCGUGAUUGCAGUGGAUAUUAUUGUCUUCUCUGUGGCUUUAUUCACUAAUAUGUAUUUAUUAAUAGUAUUUGUUUCUCGUUAAUAAUUAAAUUGUAAAUUCUGUAUAAAUUUGAGGCGUAAAAUAUUGUUUAAAUAUGUUGUUCUCCCGAUCCUAUACGAUUCUAACUGUUGCCCGACGUAGGGUCAGUGAGAUCAAAAAGUUAAUUCCUCGAAACGUUUCAAGAAGCUCCAAACUUUUCGGUUGUUCUCCAGAAGAUAAACUGCAGAGAACAACAGGUGACAAUAAUCUUGAUGCACGUAAUUUAUUAAAGAACAUCGCACAGGAUGAUACAAGUUCAGAGAGGUUAGCAACAGAAUGCAAUGGAAAUAAUAACACUAGUAGUGUUACGAAAAUACAGAGUGAACUGAAGCAGAGGACUGAUAUGGAAUUACUACAAACUAACGAGCACGAGUUGAAUGACGCUUUGGAGGAUAUAAAUAUAAAAUUACCAGGACCGUUUGAUCGCUGCGAAAAUGAAGACUUAUCUCAUAUCGUUCCUAACAUAAUGCCGACGUACAAUUUCGCGAAAUUCGCGGAUCAGUCGCGCACACUUCAGGAGUUAGUAAAACUGGGAGUAGAAUUGUACAAAUUAGAGCCGGACAGAGAAAUAGUGGAAUUGUUCUUAAAACUCGAUUUCGACAGAGAUAUGAAACCGUACAUACAGUUUUUACACGAUUGCGGGGUAGAAUCAGAGAAUUUAGGAUUCUUUAUUACUAGAAAUCCAAGAAUUUUCACGGAAGAUAUGGAUGAUCUUUAUACAAGGAUAAGAUAUUUAAGGGCUCAUAAUUUCAGUCAAGACAUGGUAAAAGAGAUAGUAAAUAAGCAUCCUCCUUGGUUGUCCUUUGACACAAAGGAAUUGGACCAUAGAUUAGGUCAUUUUCAGCAUACCUUUGAUCUAAAUGGUUAUCAAAUAAGGUGCCUGACCACUCAGUGUCCAAAACUUAUAACAUACGACAUGAAUCGAAUAAGAUAUAGCACUUUUGCUGUGAAAGAGGAAAUGGGUUUUAACAAGGAUGAAACGAAGAUCGUUUUGCUCAAAGCACCACGUGUAUGGAUCCGUGCAAGGACAGAAGUAGUGAAGACUUUUGAUUACCUCCACAACUCUAUGGAAUUAUCACAUACUGCUAUUUGUUCAGAGCCACAGGUCUUGCUCUGCAGAAAAUCCAGACUCGAGAGGAGACAUAAGUUGUUAGUGCAAUUACAAAGGAAUCAAUACGAUCCCCAAAAACCAUUAUACAUUUCACCAUUGACUUUGGUCAAAGGAAGCGACGUAGAGUUUUGUAAAAACAUCGCGAAAAUUUCUAUCCACACUUACAACGAGUUUUUAAAAUCAUUUUAGAUGUAACGAAAUAAAUAUAAGAUUAUUAGGUUGUAAACGUCUGUAUUCAGCCUUUUUUCCAUA